AUGCAUACACUUUUAUUUUUAAAUUAUUCAAAAUUAGAAUUUUUAAUGUUAAAUUUUCGAUUACAACCUUCAACUUCAUUUAUUCGAUAUUUUUCUAAAAGAAAAGAAGUUGAGCGUUAUUUGGAAAGACAAGCAAAUGAUCAAUAUUCGCGCCGUGCCAAAGAACAUUCUUACAGGGCUAGAAGUGCAUUUAAAUUGUUGCAAAUUAAUGAAAAAUUUAAUUUUAUAAAACCAGCUCCUGGUUCGUGGUGUCAAGUUCUGAGUGAAUUAAUCUUCCCAUUAAAUCCUUUAACUUCAAAUCAAAAUGAAGUUAACAAGAAUAGCUUUCAAGAAAGUCAAGAUGGUUAUAUUUUGGGAAUUGAUUUACUUCCAAUUUCACCAAUCGACGGGGUUGAUUUACUUUGUAAAGCAGACUUUCUUAAACCUGCAACUCAAACAGAAAUUAUUCGGAGGCUUCAAGGAAGACAAGUUAAUUUAUUAUUGAGUGAUAUGGCUCCAAAUCCUAUAGGAGAUUCCAGAGUUGACCAUUUCCGUAUAAUUCAACUAUGCAAAUCAUUACUAGAUUUUGGAACAAAAGAAAUUAUUGACGGGAAAACAAUUUUAGCAAAAGAUGGAAUAUUUCUAUGCAAGAUUUUCGACGGACAGGACAGAAGUGAAUUAAAAAAUAAUUUGAAUGACUAUUUUCAUCAAGUAAAGUUUAUAAAACCUGAUGCAAGUAGAGACAACAGUUCAGAAAUAUAUAUUUUUGCUUCGGGUUUUAACAAUGACAAAAGAAGAAAAUGA